AAGGCGUCAGUCGGCUGAACAGACGGUAGGAUGGGAUAGUCAGUCAACAGGGGAACACGAAACGAUAUUGCAUUGCUAAAUAUAAUACAGUGAGGUACGCGGUUCUCUCUCGACUGUCGUCUUCUAAGGAUAUAAGAGGCAGUAUGACGACGAUGGCAGUAUAGUCACCAAUUUGACAUCGUUGUUCUCUUUGCUUUUGUCAAUGAUAAUUAUUCCUGCAAACAUUAUUGUUGUGUGUACUUCUUGCCAAGGUCGCGAUUGUGAAAAGGGUCGUAAAUCGGGUAGUAAAUUUUUCACGUAGCCUCAAGCGUAAUACGCAUAAAUAAAGUAUUCAACAAUGAGUGAGAUACCUAAGUAAUAAGAUAUAUCUAAUAAUAAGUGUCUCUUUGGGUUUGGGGUUUACGAUAUUUUUUUCACGAAGCUUCUUCGUCAGAGCUCGGUCGAGCUCAUCGAUCUGUCACCGUCACGUCUAUUGAGACAUAGAAAAAUUAUAUAAAUAUUAUACAAAUGUAAUAUUUAUAACAGAGAUGAGUAUCCAGAAGCCUGAAGAUCUUUUGUCAGUAGCUAUAUCAGUUGAGCUUUCACCAUCUCCGAAUUCACAAGAAUUAUUUAUAAAUCAAGAUCAACAGGAUGAAGAAGCGUCUGAUUGUCCUUUAUUAACACCAAGUCCACCACCUAUUCAAACGGAUAAAACUCCACAGUUGACGCCAAUAUUUAAUACUUUAGAAGAUGCUUCAUUAGAGAUAUCCACACCAAGACUGGAGAAUAUUAAUACGGAAGAUGGACUUAAUUUCAUGAAUAUAGUAAAUAGUUCGAGUAAACCGUUAAAUGAUGAACCAAGUUCACGCGAUCCCAUGGUGGAAUCCACAAGCAGUGGUAGCAGUAGUGAUACUAACGAACCUGUUUGCACACAAUUGUUGACACAAUUGAAUACUGCCUACCAGCAUCUUGCACCGGAUGCUCAAGCUUUGUUUUACAACCAGGAGAACGGUGGUAAGCCAUCGCUCGUUGGGAUUCAAUUAAUGGUACCGAAGCCGCCUAAAGACUAUCGCUUUAUGAAGUGGAAUUGGUCAUUGAUACGAAAGACAUGCUACUGGACGUUAAUGUCAGUAUUGAUCGGAUGCACUGCUCUCGUUAUUGGCAUUAUUGCUACGAUGCCUAAGAAAUGUGAUCCUCCGAUGGAAUGGUGGCAAGGCAGCACUUUUUACGAGAUAUUUCCUGCGUCCUUUCAAGAUUCGAUAAAAGGAGAUGGAGUCGGCGAUCUGCGUGGAAUAGUUAUGCGGCUAGAUUAUUUAAAAGAACUUGGGGUGCGAGCUAUUCGAUUGAAUUCGAUAUUUCCGGCAUCGCAUUAUCCAGAACAUUACUCGGAUAUCAGUAAUAUGAUGAGCGUGAAUAAACACCUGGGUACGAUAGAAGAUUUUUCUGUUCUCGUGCGCGAAAUACAAAAGAGGAACAUGAGUAUAGUCUUGGAUUUGCCUUUAUAUCCGUUCAUAAAGAAUUUGAGUAAUCAAGCGACGUUUAGCUCGAAAGUGAAUGAAACUGAACAGCUUCGAAAUAGGCGAGAUAUCGCGAAUGAUGAAAUUCGCGAGCCAUCCGCACCGUCUACAUCAGUCGAAAUCAUUCGUGAUGUCUUAUUAUCCGUACCACCACCGUUGAAGAAGGCGAGAAGAGAUGUAGACUCGUCGAAUAAUCAACCUACAAAUCCUCAACAAAAACAUCCCAUCAGCGAGGCUAUCGAAUUUUGGCAGUCCAAAGGAGUGAAUGGCUUCUAUCUACAGGGAUUGGAACAUUACGUUGAUAAAGACACAUUCGUAAGCAGUCUUAGAUACUGGAAAUCUCUUCUAUAUUCGAACAACAUUUUUAUUUGUCAUAUAAAAGCCUUGGAAGCCGCUACCUCCACCGCUGCAAGGAACUCCAUCCUAACCAGGAUAAAUUUACUUGAUGUGACUCUUCGUUUGACGAAUAGUACGAAGGAUAUGAAGGCACAAAUAGAGCAAGUCACGAAGGGUACACUCUUCGAUAAGCCUGCUUACCCGUGGAUCCAUUGGUCUAUAGGCGGCGUGGACACUAAUAGAGUAGCCUCUACUAUAACCAUGAAGAACGCUACCAUGGCGGCUUCUCUUCUUAAUAUGAUGCUACCUGGAACACCCAGUAUAUUCUACGGAGAUGAGAUAGGUAUCGAAGAUUGCGAGUGUCAGGAUCACAAAGAUUUGGCGCACGUGCACAAUCUAGUUCCUAUGUAUUGGAAUAAGGACAGUUCCGGUAGUAGUAGUUUUUCAUCCUUAGGAAUUAAUCCCUGGUUGCCGGAAGCUGAGAAACCCAUAGAAACUAGUUUGACAGGCACUAUUAAAGAAAUGGCAAGACUUAGAACAGAAACAACAUCGAUUUACGUUAAAGCUGUGUUAAGAGAAGGUCAAAUUAAAGUGAACUGUGAUGUUAGAUAUAUUGAAGAUGAAAUGAUCGUCAUUGAGCGAUGGUAUCCACGAAGAAAUUCUUAUGUAUUUGUUGCAAAUUUUGGCAACAAGACGCGCAUGAAGGAUUUAUCAUUCCUUUAUUACGGUGGUCAUGUUGUUGUAGGACCAACUUACAGAAUGAAUCGAGAUGUGUACUUCAAAGAACUUAUCGUCCCACCCGGAGAAGCAUUUGUUAUAAAAUUGGAUAAAUGAGAAAAUAUGUUUUGAUUAAGAAAUAUAUUGCUUAAUGAUAUGUUAUA